GAGACGGAUGAUGACAAGGAUAAGGUGUCACAUGACCGAGCUUCACAGAGAAGAGAGUGCUAGUGUGUCUGUAAAUGCCUGAUGAAACUUGCCUGCUGAGAGUCGAGAGAGGAAGAGAGAUGGAUGAUGACAAGGAAGCAAGGCUGACCAUCAUGUACUUGGCCAAUCUUAUCAGCGUGCCCAUGGCUCUCCAUGCUGCACUCAAACUAAACCUGCCUGACCUCGUCUGGCAAGAGGGAACCAACCUUCCCAUCUCUGCCAAACAACUUGCAGGCUUAGUCCAGACCAAGUUAGGUCUGCCUACCCAGCCGGACACGGUCAACCUUCAACGUAUCCUUCGAGUCCUUGCCAGCCAUGGCGUGUUCGAAGAGGUCCCGGAAAAUGGAAACCAGGCUGCCAAGGCCUUCAGGCUGACGAACGUCGGCCAGACCCUUGUGACCGACUGUCAGGGGUUGUCACUGGGCGCUUACGUAAUGCGAAAUUGCCUGGAUCCUCUGGUUCAGGCAUGGACUCGCCUGCACGAGUCGGUGCUCGACCCGAGCCAAGAAGCGUUCAAGAAGGUUCAUGGAUUGCCUGUCUACGAGUACUACAUCAAGGAUCCGGCCUGCAACUCCCUAAUGCAGAGAGCCAUGAGUGGCCUUUCUGUACCGUUCAUGAAGGCAUUGCUCGAGUCCUAUGAUGGGUUUGGGUCCGAUGGGUUGAAGACAAUCGUGGAUGUUGGUGGCGGCACUGGGUCUUGCAUGGCGAUGAUUGUGGAGAGGUACCGAGGAUUGCAAGGGAUCAAUUUUGACCUUCCAGAAGUUGUGGCUAAUGCUCCGCAAUACAAUGGUGUGACACACGUUGGUGGUAACAUGUUCGAUUCAGUUCCCACAGGCGAUGCCAUGUUUAUAAAGGGGGUCUUGGUUUCGUUCAGCGACGAAGAGUGUCAGAAGAUGCUGGAGAACUGCCACAAAGCUCUGCCGGAGAAGGGGAAGGUGAUCGCCUGUGAGGGAGUGGUGCCGGAGAACACCGACAACAGCGAGCGGACUCGAACUCUGCUAGUGGUGGACAUUUAUCUGAUGGCAAUCCAUGCCGCUAAGUGUAAGAACCGGACGGAGUCCGAGUACAGGAAACUGGGAGAGGCAGCUGGGUUCACCAACUUCAGGGCACUCUACCUUGACCAUUUCUACACGCUCAUGGAGUUUCAGAAAUAGAGCUGCUUGGUUUUACCCAGCAAAGGUGUUGUGGAUAGUCAUGGAGAUUUGAGCUUUGGCUCUUUAGUG